AAUUUCUCAUUUUUAUCAUUGUCCUAGUGUUUUUAUAUCCAAAAGUAUUUUUUGAUCAUUAUAUUAUGGAGAAUCCAACAUAUUCAUUAUCUAUUUAUCAAGAAACAAUUCUUCGUUCAGUAAAAUGGACUAUGAAAUCACCACUAAAGACAUUACGUAAAUCUGGAACGUUUGUGGAAUUAUUAUUGAAGGUAUUUCGAUGUUAUGGAGGUGGUUAUGUUGCAUUAUCGUCAUUAAUUGGUUUAAGAUCAUUAUGUUAUUUGUUACGAAAAUUACGCAAAAGAUAUAACAAACAUGUUAGAGUUUUAGCAAUCGAUUAUACUCUAGCUCCUGAAGAUCCAUUCCCUAAUGGUUUAAAUUGCGUGGAAAGAACUUAUAAUUGGUUAGUUAAUAGUGGUCUUGCGGGUAGUAGAAAUGUAUUUUUAUGCGGUGAUUCUGCUGGAGGUGGAUUAACAUCAGCUUUAUUACAUAAAUUAUAUUCGGAUGAUUCAUCCACAACGACUCAGACUCCGUUACCACUUGGGGUGAUAUUAGUAUCACCUUGGGUGGAAUUAUCAUGUGAUUCAUCUUCAUUUUCUACAAACGCUGAAUUUGAUUGGAUACCACCUCAUCUUUGCCAAUUUGCUGCAGAAUAUUAUAUAUACGGUAAAGAAGGUAAUCCAUCACGUAAUAAAGAUCAAAUACCGCAACAACAACCAAAAAUCAGAAAAGAAAUAAUUUUGGAUUGGUUAGAUAAAGUUGAAGAUAAUUUUGACUUUAUUGAUUUUGAAGGGAAUCCUCAUCUUAAAAGACUUAGUAGAGAAUUAAGUAGAAGAUUAAGUGGUAAUAAAAGAAAUAGUGAAAUUAAAGCAAGAAAACGUGGAUCAAGAGGUUCAAAAAUUCAAACAAGAAAUUCUCGUGUUCUUGACAGUUUUACUGAAGAUGAAAAUCUUACCGUCAAUUCAGAUGAAAAUUUACGUAUAAAACGUGAAAAUUUAGAUAAAAAAUUACAUCAAUCGGUUGCAUUUACCACAAAGGAAGAAAAUCCUUAUAAAGAUCCAUUUAUUAGCCCUUUACAUAUCCCUCAUCAUAUCAUGGCAAAAUUUCCUCCUUUAUUCAUUUCUUAUGGUGGUAAAGAAAUAUUUAAGGAUGAUAUUGAAAAGUUCGCCCAAAAAUGUAUUGAAUCAAAGAAGGCUUAUAAAUCAUUUGGUAAUGAUCAUGUUUAUGAUACACUAGACGGUCAACAUCCUGAUGUUACGGUUGAAACUGAUGAAGAUAUGGUUCAUGAUUAUCCAAUGUUUAUAGAUGUAUUUGGUAAACGUUCCAAAAAAGCUCUUGAUAGAAUCGUUCACUUUAUUGCAAAUAAUAUACCAUUACCAACUCCUGUUCAUAAUCAUUAUUCAAGGAUAGUAAAAUCUCGUCCUCGAAUACAAUCCCUUGAUGAAUCUGCCAUUAAAUUUUCUACUCUUCCUUCAAAUUUUGCUCAUGAUGAUAGAAAACAUUCAAUUUAUUUAGGAGACCCUACAAUUAUGCAAUCAUUUCAUACACUUCCUAAUCCUCGUUCAUUUCCUAAUUCUCGACGUAUUCCAUCUAUAGUUUAUAUACAAUAAUAUCUAUCUAUUUUAUAUUAUAUUUUAAUAUUUUAAUUUUAAUUAAACUAUUAUUGGUAUAUUAAGAAAAUUAUUAAUUAAUUAAUUCAGUUUGGAUCAUCCUACAUUAACAUGUUUUUUUAAUUAUCAAAAUUAUUCUCACC